AUGGGAAGUAGAAAUAACGUCACAGAAUUUAUUCUCUUAGGACUUUCUCAGAAACAGGAAAUAGAAGCUUUCUGCUUUUUACUAUUCUUGCUUUGUUACAUGGCGAUUUUGAUUGGAAACGUGGUUGUCAUGGUUUCUAUCACUUUCAGUCAACUUAUUAACCAGCCGAUGUAUUUCUUCCUAAGCUACCUCUCCCUAUCAGACCUCUGUUACACUUCCACUGUGACUCCCAAAUUAAUCAUUGACUUACUGGCAAAAAAGAAGACCAUUUCCUACAAGGGCUGCAUGACACAGCUCUUUACCAUGCACUUCUUUGGGGGGAUUGAAGUCUUCAUCCUCACCGGGAUGGCCUUUGACCGCUAUGUGGCCAUCUGCAAGCCCUUGCACUAUACCGUCAUCAUGAGCAGGCACAGGUGUGAGGCCAUGAUCGCUGCUUCCUGUGCAGGGGGAUUCCUACAUUCUUUUGGCCAGUUUCUCCUAGCUGUCUUUUUACCCUACUGUGGCCCCAAUGAAAUAGAUCACUACUUCUGCGAUGUGUAUCCUUUGCUGGAACUGGCCUGUACUGAUACGCGCAGAAUUGGUCUCCUGGUCAUCGCCAACUCAGGCGUGAUGGGGCUGGCGACUUUCGUGGUCUUGCUGGUAUCUUAUGCUAUCAUCUUAUACACUGUCAGGUCCUACUCUGCAGAGAAUCGCCGCAAAGCUCUUUCCACAUGCACUUCCCACGUCACCGUGGUUGUCCUUUUUUUUGCUCCCUUACUCUUUAUUUAUAUUCGACCAGCUGCUACCUUUCCAGAAGACAAAAUCUUUGCUCUUUUUUACACCAUCCUUGCCCCCAUGCUCAACCCUCUGAUCUACACACUAAGAAACAUGGAGAUGAAGAAUGCUAUAAAGAAACUAUGGUGCCGCCUCAUAGGAAGAAAGGAAAUAACAUGA